AUGGCGAGGAUGGAGGCGGUGGUGCCGCGGUACCGCGCCGCCGUGGUGGCCGCGCAAACCCAGACGGGGCUGAUGCGGGAGGCGCUGGCGGUGGCCGAGCGCGAGCGGGAUGCCGCGGCGGAAGAGUGCAAGACCUGGCGGGCAGCUGCGGAGCGGUACGAGGCCAAGGCCGCGGAGCUGGGCGGCAGCCUGCACGAGGAGCGGGAGCGCGCCUCCCGUGCCGCUGCGGAGGCCGCGGCGCGGCUGCAGGACAGCCAGCACGAGGCGGCGCGAGCCGCGGACCGCGCCAAGGAGCUGGCGGACCGCGCCGCCGCGCUGGAGGCCGAUCUGACCUCCGCUCGCGCCGACCUGGCGGAGGCGCGCGCGCUGACCCAGCGCCAGCGCGAGACCGCCGCGCGCCUGGAGGCGCUGAUCGACGAGCAGGCGGCCGACGUGAGCACCGCGCUGCAGCUGGUGGCGCGGCGCAGCGCGGAGCCCGGCGCCCUGCCCGUGAAGCGACUGGGCGUGGAUGCCUGCGCCAAGGAUGCCUGGCACAUCCCCUCUGUGGCCUCGGCCGGGGCACCGGCGCCGCGCCCCGACGUCCCCCUGGAGGAACUUCUGGCCGGGCUGGGCGGUGCGCUGGAGGAGGCGCUGUCAUUGCGCUGA